AUGCCUAAAAAUUUAGGACCAUGCAAUGUUUUAAAUUGUGAAGCAAAAGAUGUUUUGUUUAGAAGAUUUACUGAACAUGGUUUAAGUAAUGCUAUACGAGAUAGUACAUAUAAUGAUUAUAAUUACCUUCAAAUUAAUGAUCAGCUUUGCCCUCAACAUUACUUGUUAAUUGUACAGUCAAAAAGAAAUCCAUUAAAUCAAAAAAGAAAAUCAAGAGAUUUUGAAAAUGAUAAUCUUAUUGAAGAUAAUCUUAUUACUAAUGAUGAUAUUAUUGAAGAUAAUCUUAUUGCUAAUGAUGAUAUUAUUGAAGAUAGUGAUAUCACAUUUUAA